ACUAGGCACAAUGGAUCUAGUAGUAUAUGACACAGCUAGCAGGGAGGUGGCUAAGCAAACACGCCGAGUGGUGGGUCUUACAUUGAAGGAGAUAGUGGAGCAGUUCAACUCACCUGUGACAGAGGAGCAUGCAUGGGCAGUGGCGUACCUCGCUGCCAGCAGACUAGCCGAGAUUCAAUGGGCUCCGGAGAUUAGUCUGGAUAGCAUUGCAGUGACCAAGAAUGGAAGUGUGGAGCUAUUGAAAGAAAAUGGGAAGAUAAAUGCAGUGCAAGACAUGAGAUCGGUGAUGGAGAGCCUUGGUGUGGUCAUCUACCAGCUGCUGGAUUAUGGACUGUCAGAGGACCAAGAGAGGACACUCUCCCAACCACUAGAGAGCCUCAUUGAGAUGAUGACUGAGCUGAACUCACAGAGUGUUGAUGAGGUUGAGGUGAUCUAUCCCAAUGAUGGUAUGGGUGGUGUGCAAGGUAGCCCCACCUCCGUACAUACCCGGGACUCUGGUAUCACUGUGGAGUCAGCUGGGGUCUGGGAAGAACAACUAGCAAGAGUUCUAAAGGCCUGUGAGCUCCAUGUGAUAGAAGUGGCUGAUCCAAUUGAGCACUUUGGACAGAUCUCGUCUGGAAUGGUGGAGGAGGCCAUUCACACCAUGACACUGCAAUCAGAGGAUACAGAACAAGAGAAGGGGACCCUCGGUCAAGACAGCCAGAUGGUGGAGACAUGGAAACAUGUUAUGGAGGACGUCAAGAAAGGAGUUCAUCUGCAACCGGUACUGGAAGCUGUUGACGGGAGAACUGGGCUGAAUCUGUCAAAGUUUGAUAACUUUCUGAUGAGCAUUUCCAAAUUUGACAAAAACAAGCUCCACAACGUUGAGUUGGAUGAUUCUGGCAAGCCCAUGUUCGACCAUCCCCUACAGUCUCCACUUGACGAGUCUCUCCCACCACAAUCCUUCAGCCUUCCUUACAGAGGUGGUCGCAGAGCCACUGUGGCGGACGUAUACUCAACACUCAUAAGUGAAAUCAAGACUAGACCAUCGUUAAAGCCAGUGUCUCAUCGCCAGCUCCGUCCAGUCUCACUGUCAGACCGCCCCCUGACUCCGAUGGAGAGCCUAUUGGAGGAGAUCCGCACACCACCCCCUCUCAAGAGAGUCAAGCGUAUCUCACCAAAGCGGCUAUCGAUGAGUGUGGAGUGUUACCGAAUGUCCAGGUCGAACUCUGACCUCUUAGACAUUCCCUUCUCCCCUAACCCCCUCUCCCUGUACACUGACGCCUGGGCUAACAGAAACUUGUCCAUGUCUGUUUCAUCUCUCUCGUAUGGAGGAUCUAGUGACGGUUUCUCCUCAUCCGCCCACCACACUCGUCCCCCCUACACCCCUCCGCCCACUACAUACACACCCACCACCAGUUAUCACCAUCCACCAAAUGAACAUCGUCAAAAAUCAAAGAAACAAGGAACUUUCUUCCAAAAAAUAGCCAACAAGAUAACCCACAAAGACAACACCACCUUCAACAACACUAAGAGGCGAUCAUCUUGCCCUACUCUACUGGACGAGGCUGUUCCCAUGGUAACUGUCACUCCAUACGAUUCCACUGGGUACUACAACACUGCAAGAGAUGUACACACGUCCAUUCCAAACCACCACCACUGUACGUCCAUUCCAGGUCCAAACCACCACCACCACCGCACGUCCAUUCCCGGUCCAAACCACCACCACCGCACGUCCAUUCCCGGUCCAAACCACCACCACCGCACAUCCAUUCCCGGUCCAAACCACCACCACCGCACAUCCAUUCCAGGUCUAAACCACCACCACCGCACAUCCAUUCCAGGUCCAAACCACCGCACGUCCAUUCCGGGUCCAAACCACCACCACCACACGUUUAUUCCAAACCACCGCAGGUCCAUUCCCAGUCCAAACCAGUACUUUGAAGAUGAGGUCUUUAUUGCGGAUUCGAGAUCCCCCGCAAUAUUUCAGUACCCGCAGCCACGGCAACCCAGUCACUUACAGAGACAGUCUCUCAGUUCGUUGCCGAGGACCAGGGGACCUAGGAAUGAAAAAGUUAAAAGUUGGGCACUCUGUGAUGACGUGUCUCGAGAGAAGACUCGCAUAGAGGUUGCAAAGGAGGAGGAGAGGAGGUCAUCGUGGGAUGUACCGGGGCCUUGUAUGUAUUCACGACCCUCACACUCUCCCCACACCCUCUCACCUACUGGACCACGCCCACAUACCCUCACACGUUCUGGACGACCUUCCCGCCGAUUGUCCUCCCCACUACUUGAUGAUAGUAUGGCCACACUCAGCGACAUCUCCCUGCAGCUGUCUCUCUACGAAGAUCCCUCUAACCUGGCUGAGAUGAUUCAUGUGCGUUCUAAUGUCACUACAGCUGAAUUCUACAAUCUGCAACUUGAGAACAGAAAGGAUUUCAAGAACAUACAAGAUGAAAAGGCGUGCUUCUCGUGUCAUAAGACAAAGUUCUCAGUGUUCAAUCCGGCCCACAAGUGCUAUGUCUGCCAGCGACGUGUUUGCUCCAAAUGUGGAAAGAAGCAUUCUCUGAAAGGUCCACCCACUCCCCCCAGACUGAUUGCCCUGUUUGAGGCAGCUGGUGACAUGACCAACGUCUACCUGUGCACCUCUUGCCUGCUCUACGUUUGCUCCGAGGCUAAAGACAAAAAGAAAAAUUCAAAGCAUUAUGACUGUUAGAUAUUUUCAGAAUCAUUCAUUAGCUUAAUUAAUCACCCUAAUGUUUUUGUAAUGCAAUUAAUUUUUUUGUGGAACAUCAGAAAAAAUU